AUGUAAAAUCAUUAGCUCUAUUUAAUAUUGGACAUAAACACUAAAUUCUUGAAACCUUUAAAAGAGAAUUUUGUAGGAAUUCUAUAGUGUAUUAAGACCAGUUUAGGAUUAUAAUUGUGUACAGAUUUCCAUAAUCUAUUUACAAUAUAUGUAAUAGAUACAUAUGAUAUCUAUUAAUUAUAUAGAAGUGGUGAGAAUUCAGGAUUUGAAUACAAUCAUGAAUUUUAAAAAGUCUUAAAGACAUUAUAUGAUAUUAUAUCGAAGAAAGGAGUAGAUGAUGUUUGGGAAUCCAAAAUAAUAAAAUGCUUAAGUUAAAUAAUGUGUCGUAUAAAUAAGGAUAGAUAAACAUGUAAAGAUUCUAAGAUUACAUUUAUAACAUCUUAAUUUUUUCAAUUAGGGUAAGAAUCAUAUAAUAAAUAUUUGAAAUUGUGUACUUAUGCUAGCAAAGAGAAAAUUCGUUUAGAUCUUUUACAAAUAGAUAUCUAAGCUCAAAGUGAAUUAAAAUAAGAUGUAUUAGGGAAUGAAGGAUUGAAAUUAGGAAUAUAAUUGACAUCAGGGAUUGUACAUAGAGUAGAAUAGGAUAAAAAUUUCAAUAAGAUUUUAGCAGAAAUUUUGGUAAAUAGAUGAAUAGAACUAGUUAUCAUCAUUUAAUCCUGGAGAUAGUUAUGGAUUCUAUUAAGCCAAAUUGAGUGAAUUGUAAUAUAAAUCAUUUUGUUCUUGUUGUAAUAAAGUUACGAAUCCUAUUGCUUAUGCUUGUUCAAGUUGUUUGACAAGUAAUUAAAUAAAUAUAUUUAUAUAGUUUAAUGUGAGAAAUCUCAAGCAACUAAAUAAUGUACAAAGUGUAAUAAUUAUUUUCAUAAUGUUUCAUGA